CUGCAAGCCAUGUCCGGGUUUAAUUGCCAGGUUCCCACAGCACUGUUGGGGUUCGUGGAGGAUCUCUAUAAGGUUCACUGAUGGAAAGCCCAGGCAGAGCCGAAAUGAAAACAGCCACAGUUGUGGUUCUGUUGGCUUUGAUCACUAUGGAGAUGGACAUGGCCUGUGCUCAGAGAUAUUCUCCCAGAGGAUUGCAGAAACCUGGUGCUUGUCCCAAGACACCCACAGCAGGUGUUGGACCUUGUCUUGAACUCUGCUCAGGAGAUGAUUCCUGCCAUGGGAAAAUGAAGUGUUGCAACAAUGGCUGUGGUCAUAUCUGUGCAGUCCCUGUCUUUGAAAAGGAUGACAGACAGCCCUGCAAAUGAUGGAUUCGAUGCUUAUAAGCAUGAUUGAUGACCAGAUCCAGAGGAUUUCUUCUGAUUUUCUUCUCCCUAGCCCUAGAAUUGCAUCCUUAGAAGAUGAAAGCCUAAAAUGUGCUGACUGCUUCUUAGUGUCUUUGUGUCUAAAAUAAAUGAUCUUUA